GUUUUUGUAAUUGAAAGGGUAAUCUAGUAAAAUCAAUAAUAAUGGCAAUCUCGUAAUGAAGUAAAGAGAACAAGACUUAUUUUAUAAUACAAUCUAUAUAUAUAUGGAAGACUCGUUCCCUUUCUCCAUUGUCCAUUCCCUUUUGCUUCUUUCUCCCUCCUUUCUCUGAACCUCACCUUUCCAAUUCUCUCUCUCUUUUUUUCCUUUCUUUCCAAUUUUCUGUUCUUCCCUUGAGCUCUAAUUCUGUGUUAAUGGCUUCUCUUCCACCAUACAAACAUUUGUCAAUAAGUCUAAAGUUCUUUAGAUUCCGAUACUCAGAUCUCUAUUUCUAAAUAAUUUCUUUUCUGUCCUUUUUCUCCUUUUCCACUUUUUUUUUUCUUUUUCUCCUUCUUCAUUGAUAGUUAAAUCUUAUCUUGUACUCUGAUUAAUUAAUUUUUAACCCUCACUCUACUAUUUUACUGAAUUGAAAAGGGGCAAAGUUUGGAAAUUCAAUUUGUUUUUUCUUUCCUUUUUUCCCCAUUUACAUUUCUUCCACACAAAAAAAAUUCUCCGUUGGGGGUAAAUUCAGUUGUAAUCGUGUGGCUGAUGUGUCACACAUGGAAGCGUCAAAGAAAAAUACCAAAACGAUGCGUCUCCCUCCUCGACGCAUCUUGGCUUCAAAUAAGCGGAAGGAUAAAGAAGAUACAACCUGUGAUUCUUCCAAAUCGUCGGCACCAUCAUUGUCGUCGUUGGUAGCAACAAUGGAGCCGGUGGUCAAACCGACUACUGCUGUUGUUGGUUACGAUGAAUUUACCGAGCCGGUUGGGUCUAAUAAUCAACUCCUGGCUGGCUACUUGGCCCACGAGUUCCUCUCAAAGGGAACCCUUUUUGGUGAACCCAUGAGUCAGGCAGAGAAUUGUCCCUCGCCCAUCUAUGUCAAGGCAAAGAAGAUUAAACCUAGCAUGGAAAGGGAAACCAAAGCUGCAGCAAUGGUGAAAUCAGAGCAGAAUAUUGGAAAGAGGAGUGAGAGAUAUUUAGAGGUUUCAAAAUUGCUGAAAAUGGAAGGAGCCCACUUGCCUGGUAUCAUUAACCCUACCCAGCUUGCUCAGUUCUUACAAAUGUGAAAGUCAUAAACGAGAGUGGUAGAUCAUGUAAGAAAAAAAACGACAUCCUCUCGUUUUGGGCUACGUAGAUGACUAAUCAUGUAAAAAUUCCACGUCAUAACUUUUAUUCUCUUUCUAUGUUUUUUUUUUGUAGAUUUUAUUUAUUUUUAGCUGUGUAUAAGGAAAGAAAAAAAAAACUUCUCAUGAAAUCUUAGAUAAAGAAUUUGUCAGAUUUCCCAUCAAAUUCUUAUAUUUGAUCAUGAAUUCCUUAAAUGAAAUUGGAAAUAUACAAAAAUAUAACUUAUUUCAUUCGUAGUUUUCUUGGUCGACAAGAAAUUUUUGACGAACUA